AACUUUCAUACUCGCUCAAACUGAAGCUUAAUUAGUGCCCGGGAAAAAGCAAAAAGAAAAAGAAAAAAAAGAGAGAAAAUCUUGGUCCAACACUAUAUCAUGGCUACUACCACUGUUAAGUUGAUUAGCUUUCUUGUUUUAUGCUUGGUGGUUGCUAUGCCCAUGACCACCGAAGCCAUAACAUGUGGUCAAGUCGUUAGCGGCCUGAGCUCAUGCCUUUCCUACCUAAGGAGUGGAGGAGCAGUGCCACCAGCAUGCUGCAAUGGGGUUAGGGGUCUCAAUAGCGCUGCUAAAACCACGGCCGAUCGCCAACAGGUUUGCGAGUGCCUGAAAUCUGCAGCUGCCGGAAUCAACCUUAGUAAUGCAUCUAGCCUCCCUGGAAAAUGUAAAGUUAACAUUCCUUACAAGAUCAGCCCAUCCACUGACUGCAAGAGCAUCAAGUGAGGUGGAGAUGAUAUACGCACAAAACAGUACCUAGCUAUGCAGUUCGAGAAUAAUAAGAAGGACUUGUCUGAUCUCCAGUUGAGAGAGUCUCCUUCCCGUACUAGGUUAAUCUCUACGGUUUAUUUUCUACUACUACGUUUGAUCCUUGUCCUUGUAUGCCAGAUAUAAUUAAAAGAGAGGACUUUUUAUUCUA